AUGUCGACCGAAUUCGAUGAGAAGACCAAGGCCGUCGACUCGACGGCCGCCGAGGACCCCCAGGGCGAGUUGAUCAACGCGUCCGGUCACGUCCAGGAACUGGAUCGCAACUUCUCCCUGCUCAGUAUUUGUGCCAUUGCCGUGACGACCGGCAACACUUGGAUUGCCCAGGGUGGCAGUGUUGUGACCGCAUUGAGCAACGGUGGUCUGGGUGGUACGAUCUAUGAAUUUAUUGCCGUGUCCAUCUGUUACUGGCUGGUCGCUGCUUCGAUCGCCGAGCUGGCAUCUGGUAUGCCCUCUGCCAGUGGUGUCUACCACUGGGCUUCGGUGACUGCGGGCAAGUAUGGUCGCGCCUGUGGUUUCUUCGCUGGUUGGUGGAACUGUUUGGCGUGGACUCUGGGUGCUGCUUCGAUGUGUUUGAUCAUGGCCCAGCAAACCGUUUCCAUGUACGCGCUGAUGCACCCUGGCUUCGUUCCUCAAAACUGGAACGUGUUCGUCAGUUUCCUGAUCUGCACCUGGGUUUGCUGUGCCAUUGUGCUCUUUAUGAACCGCUGGUUGCCCUUUAUCGGUAACGUUGGCAUGUUCUUCAUCCUGUCCGGUGUCUUCAUCACCAUCAUUGUCUGCGCUGUCAUGCCCCAUGUCAACGGUACUGGAUACAUGUCCAAUGACGAUAUCUGGGCGACCUGGAGCAACGGAACUGGCUACAAGCAGCAGGGCUUCGUCUUUGUCAUGGGUAUGCUCAACGGUGCUUACAGUGUCGGCACUCCUGACUGCUCGUCCCACUUGGCCGAGGAGAUCCCCCAGCCUAGCCGUAACAUCCCCAAGGCCGUGCUUGCCCAGAUGAGUGUCGGCUUCAUCACUGGCAUUCUUUACAUGAUCGCCAUCUUCUACUCUAUCCAGGAUCUUGACAGCGUCACCUCCAGCACCUACAAAUUCCCUCUGGCUGAGAUCUACCACCAGGCGACCGGCUCCCGUGGUGGUGCGCUGGGUCUCCUGAUCAUUGCUUUCCUGCCCACCCUGGUCACCGCGUCCGGUUGCUAUAUCACUGCCGGUCGUACCCUGUGGACCAUCUCUCGUGACCGUGCCACUCCGUUCCCCAACUGGCUCGGCCGCAUCAACACCACUUUCCACAACCCGUUCAACGCCACCCUGACUUGCGGUGUUGUCAUCACCAUCCUGGCCUGCAUUUACCUGGGUUCGACCACUGCCUUCAACGCCUUCGUUGGCUGCUUCGUCCAGUUGUCGUCUCUGUCCUACUUCAUGGCCAUCUUCCCCCACAUCCUGACUCGCCGCUCCUCGUUCACUCCUGGAUACUUCUUCAUGAACAACAAGAUUGGAUACGUUGUCAACACCCUGUCCUGCAUUUACAUCAUCGCCUUCGUCAUCAUCUUCUGCUUCCCCUACGCUCUGCCCGCGGAGGCUGCCUCGAUGAACUACGCCAGUCUGAUGACCGGCGGUCUGACCAUCUUCGUCACCAUCUGGUGGUUCAUCCGCAAAGGCUCCUACGAAGGUCCCAAGAACAUUCCUCUGUCCGACAAGGCUGUUCCCGAUGAGGCUAAAUAA